AUGUACUGCGCCGACAACCGUUACUACGACCGCCGCGAGAUUGACUGUUAUCCAACUGCCAAAACGCAAGAGCAAGAUAGUCGGCCCGGCGGCCUUGUUGUUGAACGGGUCCGACCUGAUAAGGAACGCAACCGCACCGACGAGAACGGCGAGAUGAAGAGAGACUGGCGUGGACCAUAUGAACUCAGAACCGUGCAGCACCCGACUCCGAAUACCGAGGGAAAAAUGAAGAAUCUGGUGCCCUACGACAAGCACCCAGGAAUACUUCAACUAAACCUGUGCUUGUCAGUGAUAUCCAAGGAUGAGAGAGCGCUGGAUUACCUCAAAGGCCUCGGCAGCAGAAGAGACACGCCUCUCCACGCAUCGAAGAGCGCUGGCGCGUAUGGGAGUCCGCGAGCCCAGGCGAACACAAAGGGAACCGCGACCGCGAUCCCAGCACAGAACCAGAACAGCCAGCAGCCAAGCUGA